AUGCGCCCCUGUACCGCCUCCUCAUGCUGCUGCCAGGCCCGUAAUCUGCCAUGGGCCCCCGUACCGACUCCUCAUGCUGCUGCCAGGCCCGUAAUCUGUCAUGGGCCCCUGUACCGCCUCCUCAUGCUGCUGCCAGGUCCAGAGUGUGUCAUGGGUCCCUGUACGGCCUCCCAUUGCUGCUGUCUCUAUCGCCACACUCUGCCAUGUGCCACUUUCAGGUCUCCUCACACUGCUGGUGGUUUCCAUUUUUGUCAUAGGGUGCUGUAUGGCCUCCCAUUGCUGCUGCCUCCACCGCCACACUGUGGCUCCACACUCUGGUUUUGGCCCCGUGACUGCCCAAAUGAGUGAAGUGUGCGGUGAUUCUAAGAUCGACGGCACUCAUCUGCAUGUCAUACUGACUGACAGUAUUAUUUCUCUUCCCCAGCAGACUCCAAGGGCAUUUAAAUUAAAGGUACAGUGUUCUGCACUAAUAUAA